AUGGACAGAAAACGUGGAAGUUUAGUUCCUGCAAUCCAUAAAGCAGUUGAGGACAGUCUUCGUGCCAACAGUGUUACUGUAGAAGAGAAUGAAACAGAAAGAGAGACGCAGAGAAAGAAAAGAAGGAAGAAGCAAAGAAGUACUAGUUCUGAUGGAGCCGCUCCGUUGAACUCAGCUCCACGACAUGUUCAGAAAUUUGAUUGGAAGGAUAUGCUCCAUUUGGCAGAUAUUUCUGGGAGAAAGAGAGGAAAUUCUACUGCGAGUCAUUCCGGACAUGCAACGAGAGCUGGAUCUUUGCUCACACGUGCCACAACUCUAGCCAUUUCCUAUGCAAGAAUCAAGCGAUCACUCGAUGAAAACCUUUUGGGACCAGAGGUUUUCCAUAUGAAUCCAAAGAAGAAACUCUUCCACCAAGUCUCUCUUGGUUUGGAGCUGUCACCGGACUCUGUAAUGCAAUUGGCUAUUCAAAUGGCAUUCUACUCUCUCUACAAGGAGUUCGUACCAACUUAUGAAUCUUGUUCAACUGCUGCGUUCCUGAAGGGAAGAACGGAGUGCAUGAGAUCUGCGACCGCUGCAACUCGAACUGCUACACUUGCUAUUCUUGAAGAGAAUCGCAAAGAUGUUCGACAACUUUUGUCCGACUGUUCCAGUCAACACUUCCAACUUGUCAAAGAAGCUUCAAUGGGACAAGGCUACGAUCGUCAUUUGCUCGGUCUCAAAAUCACUGCACAACGUUUAAGUCAGCCAAUUCCUGACUUCUUCCAAGAUCCAGGAUACGCCAGAAUGGGACAUUUCGUUUUGUCUACAAGUACAUUGUCUACUGAAACAAUUGUAUUCGGAGGCUUUGGACCCGUUGUUCCAGAUGGAUUUGGUAUUGGGUAUAAUGUAGUUGCAAGCAAGUUGGGAGCUGUCAUUUCCAGCAAUAAGUCAAAACGAGAUGCAGCUGCUUUCUCAAACGCUCUUUACAAGACCUUGGAUAUUCUUCGUGGACAUCUUCUCGAGUCGAAACUGCGUUUCUCAAUUGCUGAUGCAGAAACAAUGAAGUUGCUUCGGUUACCACUACUUGUUCAAGUUUUUGUUUUCCAACAUUUAGGACUGGGUGGUCUUUUCAUGCUUUCACUUUGUUCUCAAAAAAUGAGAAAGCAGAUUAAAUCGACAUUUUGGGCAAAGUCGACGGGAUUGAGUAUGACGUUAGAUUCAUUGAGAGAAGAAGGAACUAUUUAUUUCGAAGGAUUGUUCGAACAUUUUAAAGUAAUCACUUGGGUCGUUGAGAAUCCUGAAACAACUCCACGGGAAUCGAGUGUUCUUUUUUUGAAGAUGGAUACCGAUAUGGUUUCUUGUGGGUUGAGUUUCGAUACGGACACAGGUCAUCCAACUUUCGACUUUGAUGAAGAUAAUUGGAAAUCUGCACCCAUUUUGAUGUACAACUACAUUUCUGACCUGUUCCACACAUCUGCUGAUAUUCAGUUCCUUACGAAUACGCGAAGUUUCGAAGAUUUGCCAAACAUCAAAGUUUUCAAGAAUUUCUAUCACGAAGGAUACCUGUUAGCUGGCUCAAAAUUGGAUGCAUUUGUUGAAACUCAUGAUAUUACGAAUUGUGCCUUUUUGAAUUUAUGGAUGACUGGCCGUUUUCGGAGACUCGAAUAUCUUCUUAUCACAACUCUUUACACUCCACUCAAUCCAGAAUAUAUUUUGGAGAAAUUCAAUACAAUGCCAUUCGACGAAUCAAGGAGAUCAGCGAUGUUCAUAAAUAAAUCAGCAAUGAUCGACUUCAUUCCUGCUAAUUGUAAGCAGCCAGACUGGUCAAAGGGAUUUGAUAUCGAAAGAGAAAAAGACUCCACGUUGGCUACAAUUGUUCUGGAAAGAGAUCAAUUUCAUUUCUGUGUUUGGAAAGAUCGUUUUCCAAAACAGAUUUCCACAUCUCCAGAUUACAACGGAAUUCUAAAACGCUUACGGGGGGGGAAGUUUGUCCCAUACAGAAGUACCUUUUAUGCAUGA